AGCCCCGACCUCAAAGUUUGCGGCGGGCGGGCGGGCGCGGAGCCUCCAAGAUGCCGUUCCACCCGGUGACGGCGGCGUUGAUGUACCGGGGCAUCUACACCGUGCCCAAUCUGCUGUCGGAGCAGCGCCCCGUGGACAUCCCUGAGGACGAGCUGGAGGAGAUCCGCGAAGCCUUCAAAGUCUUUGAUCGCGAUGGCAAUGGCUUCAUCUCCAAGCAGGAGCUGGGCACAGCCAUGCGCUCCCUGGGCUACAUGCCCAAUGAGGUGGAGCUGGAGGUUAUCAUCCAGCGGCUGGACAUGGACGGUGAUGGUCAAGUGGACUUCGAGGAGUUUGUGACGCUCCUGGGACCCAAGCUCUCUACCUCGGGGAUCCCAGAGAAGUUCCACGGCACCGACUUUGACACUGUCUUCUGGAAGUGUGACAUGCAGAAGCUGACAGUGGACGAGCUGAAGCGGCUGCUCUAUGACACCUUCUGUGAGCACCUGUCCAUGAAGGACAUUGAGAAUAUCAUCAUGACAGAGGAGGAGAGCCACCUGGGCACGGCGGAGGAGUGCCCUGUGGACGUGGAGACCUGCUCCAACCAGCAGAUCCGCCAGACGUGCGUGCGCAAGAGCCUGAUCUGCGCCUUCGCCAUCGCCUUCAUCAUCAGCGUCAUGCUCAUCGCGGCCAACCAGGUGCUGCGCAGUGGCAUGAAAUAGGUGUCUCCUGGGCACCCGGUCUGGCGCGCUGCGCAAGGGGUGGGGCCAGCUCCACACCCACCACUGCCUGUAGUCCCCUCCCUCAGCCUGCUCCCUGGGCCCCACUGCGUGCACUUCAGGGCCUGGAUGUCCAGCGACCCCACCCACCUGCCCCAUGGGCCUUGCAUGGAGCUGCAGCCCGGCUGCGAAGGGCCUGGUGGUGGCUCUGAGGACAGGCCCCUGGCGCGCCCCUGCAACCUGCCCCACCCUGGCCUGUAUGUAGCACUAACUCUUCCCACUGUCCAGGGGCUCCUGGGAAAUUAAGGAGCAAUUUGUGGCUGCUGAGGUCCCUCAGGCAGGAUGGGGCACCAUGUGCUCAGGGCCACACAGCCAACCCAACCCUGGUCCCUGAGGUUUGCCCAGGGCCAUGGGGGGCCGUGUGGGGAUAGGCAGAAAGCUACUCCCGGAGAGGGACAUGAGGCUGGGGUCUCCUGGGCCCUACUCCCUGGCAUGGCCUGAGGAAGCCCCUGGCCUUCUGCUGAGUUCCUCCUUCUGACUCUCCUUAGACUCAAGCCCAGCCCUUUUCCACAACCACCAGGGCUGGAGAAUCAGCCCAUUUCAAAGAUGAGAAACCUGAGGCUCAGAGGGCUCUCAGAUUUGGCCUCAGUUCCCCCAUCAAUGAUCAAUGGUGGUUUUUAGGAAGGGCAGAAGCCCACAGAAAAUGGAGCAUCUGAGGUGGCCCGGAAGGUACCCCACCCAUUGGGCCCCUCCCACCAGAGGCCUAGUGACCUGAGGGCCACAUUGCCCCACCCCCACCAUGGACUCUAGACAUGGAGUGCAGUUGAGGCAUGAAGCAGAGCUGGGACCUGGAGGCUGGGAAUCACCUGAGCAGCCUAUUUGCUCUCCCCACUGACCGGGGGGUCCCUCCAGGGCAGAAGCCCAGCCAGGCCACUGUCCCAAGCCUAGGGCCGGUCCUCCUGGGUUCCCCACUUCACACCAUCCAGGCCGGGGACCCAGCUCCCAGCCCCGCCCCAGUUGUGUCAGCUCAGCACGGGCAGACGUGAGGGGCAGACUGAGUCCUCAGCUCCCCCGCGCAAAGCCAGAGCUACUUCUCACCUGGGCAAGUCACCUCCCCGCUGGCCCCCUUCUGCCAGCCCCUAGGAGAGAAGGGCAGCAAGCACCCGUCACCCUGGAGAGGAACUCUUCUCACUCUGGCCCUGCCCACUUCUGACCUGGGGCCAGAGCAGGGAGCUGAGGGUGCCAGGUGAGGGCCAAGAACAGCCACACCACUGUAGUGACAGACUUUCUUUAUUAACAACCAAAGGAAGUCUUCCCAAGAUGUCCUGUGAAGGAGGGAGGGAGGAGCUGCCUGGCACAGAGCCCGGACCAGGGCUUCACCUGGCUGGGAGGGACUCAGGCUUUGGUGAGGCCAGGCCAGGUAAUAGCGGUGCAGCAGGAGGGGGUCCUCAGUGUCCCGAGUACAAGCCCUUAUCUUUACUGUGACUGACUUGAGAGCUGACCAGGGAUGUGGGGCUCAGCCCCACUGGAUGCUGGGCUGCAGGGGCCACCCCCCAGGUGGGGGUGCCCGCAGGGACAGAGGCAGCUCCUGGACAGGUGGCCAGCCCAAGGGGUACUGGAAGACAGUGGCUCUGAUGGGCUCGGCUCUAGAGAGAAAGAGAAGGACAGAGAAUGAGAGUGGGGUACAGCCCAGGCCCUGGCUGGGGCACCUCCCCCAGCUACUCUCCCCACCACCCCAGCUGUGGGGAGGGCCAGCUGCCUGUAUAGCCUUUCUGGAAGGCAGAGCCUCAAAAACAUGCAGACCCUUUGAGCCAGCCACCUCACCUCUAGAAAUGAGCCCAAGGAGAUAGGGGGACUUGUGGGCAGAGACUGAGCGAUAAGAAAUGGAAAUAACCGAAGUGUCCACCUGUGGGGGAUUGAUUAAAUAUAUAUGCACGUCCAAAGCAGAGAAUGCUAUGCAGCCUGCGUUAAGAAUUAAGGCAGACUUAUAUGCACUGAUGAGGAAAGGUGUCAUGAUGUACUAUAUGAGUAGGGAGAAAAAGCAGCUUAUAAAAUAAUGUAUAUAGCAUGAUACUAUUUUUGUUUAAAGAUAUAUAACCUAUAUAAAUGCAUAAAAAAAACCUGGAAGACACAGCAAAAUGUUAACAGU